GUUUCGUGUCGUCGUCACAAGCAACCAUGUCUCUCUUCCGUCUUGCAACAAGGUCAACAGCCCUCUCUCGCGCCGCCUGGUCUGCGCGAACAACCCCCAGAUUCAUUCUCCCCCGUGCUACCUAUGCCUCUGGCUCCGGUCUCUCUCGGGAUGCCAUCCAGUCGCGUAUCUUCGACGUGUUGAAGGGCUAUGAGAAGGUUGACCCCUCCAAGAUUACACCAACAGCCUCGUUCUCGAAAGACUUGGGCCUCGACAGCUUGGACGCGGUGGAGGUGGUAAUGGCGGUGGAAGAGGAGUUCUCAAUUGAAAUCCCUGACGCUGAGGCUGACGAAAUCCAAACCGUGGCACAAGCUAUUGACUAUAUCGCCAAAACCCCUGAAGCUCAUUAGUAGUGGAGAGCCACGCAUGUCGGAAUAAUCCGUACUUUAGAUUGCUGCCACCAAUCAUCAUCUCUCAUUUGGCUUCUUGGAA